AUGCCCCGGCCGCCGGUGAGACCCGAGGAUCGGAAGCGGUCCGCUAAAGCAUGUGUUGCCUGCCGAGCGACCAAGAAGCGCUGCGAUGCUGCUCAACCGUGCCGAGCAUGCGUCAACCGCGGAGUGGGUGCAUUGUGUACCUAUCCCCAGCAAUCUCGAAACCGUCGGGCACACAGGCAGCCUCUUGCUGAGUCCCGACAACUCGAUUCCACAAGCCGGGACACCAGAGAACGAAACCGAACCGCUCCACUACUCUACCGACGAGAAGGAACAUCCUCUUUAGAGGGAGAUGUCACAAGCUCAGCGGGCUCAACCACGGCGGCAACGUCUGGGCCCCGGCCCGUCAUGAUGUAUACCUGCAGCGGAGAAAAAGUUUACGUCGGAAAUGCCUCAGCAAUUGCCUUUCUUCAGUACUUACGAGGAAAUCUGCCAAUCCUCGGCCCAGACUUCACCAUAAGCCAGGGAUGCCAUCUAAUGUUUGAGGCGCAGGCUCCAGUCCAGACAUGCGGAGAAUUUGCGGAUGAAAUCGACGAAGAGGAGAAAACAGAUCUGGUUCAACUUUUUCUGGAUGCAGUGAGUAUAACACUACCUUCGCCAGAGUAUCCGAGACCAGCAUGGUUGACAACAUUGCCAAUGCAGUCCAGUGGGCUUCUGGACCUCUUUGAUGAGUCCGAGACAAGUCGUCUUUUGGUAGAUAUCGGCUCUCUGAGAAUUCAGAAUGCAAAUGAGGACCUACUAUGCCUUUUUAUGAUGAUUGCAAUCGGCGCCCAGUGUCGAGGCCAGCCCGACGACGCCCGCAAAGCCUUUCGCUACUUUGAGGAAGCUCGCAAACUGUCAUUUGUGGGAAUGCUGAGCGAUCCAACUCUGAACACCGCUCGAGGAUUCACCCUCAUGGCUUUCUAUAUGUUUGGCGCAUGUCGUCGCAAUUCGGCAUUCAUGUACCUCGGAGUCGCAACGAAAGCGGCUUCGGUCAUGGGAUUACACAUGGCGGGGCAGUUCCAGUCGCUCUCGAGAGCAGAGCGCUCUCUGAGGUCUCGUAUCGACAAAAGCAUCCGCCUCUUCGACGUCGUGUGUAGCUCGAUCCUUGGUAGGCCAACUAGCAUUGCGCCAUGCUGGCCUAAAGAAACCGCGAGAGCCUACACCGAACCACAUCGUACUUUGUCCGUCGAUAGAGCUUGCACUCUUGCCACAACACUGAACGAAAUCGUUGAAAUUCUCGCCGAGGAUUCUCAACUGGGAGUUGUCCGAGCUGAACGAUUCUUGGAGAAGAUUAAAGAUUGGAGCAAGAACCUCUCGCCGGCAUUACGUCAAUGCCCACAGAGGGAAGUCUCGAGUUCCGCAAACCCCCAAGAUCGGCAAAUUGCCAUUGGAAAUAUUCAUGUUGCUUGCACGUACUACUUCGGCAUCAUGCUGACGACGCGCGAAUUCCUGAUAAAGCACAUCAUGCCUCAGCUCGACAACGGACCUUCGCUUACGGACAUCAGCCAGGAGGACAACGCAUCUCCAGAGAACAAGAGGAGAGUUGCUGAUUUAUCCGAUGCUUGCGUGGAUGCGGCGGUGUUCAUGUCAGAGAUGUGCUCUGAAGCACUGGACUCUCGCACCAUCAUGGGCAAUAUGUGCAUACUGAAGGCGUGGCUGUUCGCUGCUGGUUUGAUUUUAGCCUUCUCCUUGCUUGCUCCCGAGGUGCCCCAGUCUCGUGAGAGAGCAUUCUACAACGCUUUGCGAGUCCUCGACUUUCUGGGCCAUAUGAGUCCGCAAGCAGCACAGUACCACCGUCUGCUUUUGAGCUUCUCACAGGCAAUUGAUACCUUCAAGACCAAUUCGCCAACUAGGCACCAUCAACCACGGGCGCCGUAUGUUGAGAGAUUCCUUUCAGUCCGGUUGGCAGACAGACCUGGCAAUACCCGAAGGAGAGUUUCGGCCCAAAAGCCUCAUCCCGACGGCCACGUCAGUAGAGUCGGACAAUUCGAAACGGACGAGAAACUCGGAGAAAGUAUAUUUGGCCAGCGAUCGGUAGCCAAUUCAGAUCGAGGCGCAGAAGACGUGAUAUUUAGCCUUCUCUGGGACGGCGAAGCGACUUUGUUUCCCAGAGACUUUGACUACUAG